UGUGGGUGUGGGUGUGGGUGUGGGUGUGGGUAUCGGCGUAGGUGUAAUGAUCCGGAAAUAUAAGGUACACCCACACCCACACCCACACCCACACCCACACCCACACCCACACCCUUCAAGACUUUAACUUGCGUUCAUAUCUACGAUUAUGAUUAAACAGCUGUUUAUACGAUUCAUUCAUAGUUAGAUGAAAUAAUUAAUAAAAAGAAUAUUUUACGUAAGUAAUUUGUUUCGGUACAAGACUACAUUUGAAUUUACCUAUGCUUGAAAUAAUAUUUAAUACUAUUUCUAAAUUUUUUAUUGUUUUGUAUUCAGAUAAAUAUUUAUUCUAUGAAAAAGAAUUACAAUGUAUAGAAUCAUUAUCAUUGAUGCAAUCGAAACAACUUAUUGAUAUAGUUCAUUAUUUAUAUGAUUGUGGUGUUAUUCAUCGUGAUAUACAUCCACAAAAUUUAAUGCUAGAUCGUGAUAGUAAUCAUAUAAAAUUAAUUGAUUUCGGUUUUGCCAUUUCAGUUAAUAUCGAUAACAAGGGAGGCAGCAUAGAAAUGGUCGGUUCACUUACAUACGCUAGUGAAUCAUUUUUAGAUUUGUAUUCAAAAUUAUUAACUGGCCGGGGUUUCCCAUAUUAUUUUUAUGAACCAGCAUUCGAUUUAAUAUGUGCAUUAAAUGUUAUAAUGGCCAUGAGUAAUGCUGAUAUCAAACGCAGUAUUAAUGCAAUUCGAAUAUUACAAGAUGUUAACGAAAUAGUAUUAAAGUCAUCGCAAUUAUGGAAAGAUACUAAGCAUACAAAUAAACAUUAUUCAAAUUUAGUCACCUUAAUAAAGAAGCUGGAUUCAUGGUAUCCAUUCUGUCGAUUAGAUGAAUCAGAUGAUUCAAAUGAUUCAGAUCCACCAUCAAUUUCUAAUGUUUCAAAAAGGCAAUCAGAUCAAUCAGCAAUUUUUGACGUUAUAAAAGAUGAAAUAGAAAAACUUUUCGAUAUAUGA